AUGUGGAGGCUGGCACAGGACCAAACUCGAGGCAUACAACUCAUAACAGUUGAUGAAAAAUUGGAUAUUACUACAUUAACUGAUGUUCCAGAAGAGCAUGUCAAAACUAGAAAAGUAAGGAUUUUUGUUCCUGCUUGCAAUAAUGUGCAGUCUGGAAUAAAUAACACAAAGAAAUGGAAGCUGGAGUUUGAUAACAGGGAGCGAUGGGAAACUACUUUGAUGGGUUGGAUAUCAACCACUGAUCCCUUGUCUAACAUGGUUCUAACCUUCAUUACUAAAGAAGAUACAGUCACCUUUGCAGAAAAUAAUGGAUGGAGCUAUGAUGCAAAGAGAGGAAGUUUCUGA